AUGUUUAGCGAACUUUAUCUUAUCUGGCGACGUUCCCCGGCGGCGCGGUUCCUCUUCCACCUUGGAGGCCUUCUCGAAUCUUUGUCGGAGAUGUUCCCCGACGCCCCCGGUGCCAUCUACCGGUGGGCGACUCUUGAAAACCUUAAUUGGUUGAAGAGCGGGGGAUUCUAA